AUGCUCACGACCGAGCCCGCCCCGUUCGUACGACGCGACAGCGGCUACUUCCAGCGGGACAGCACGAUGUACACGCACACGCCGGCCUCGACGCUCUUUGAGAAGCACCUCGAAGACGUCUACGCGAGCACAGCACCGAUCGAUGGCUCGGCGUUCUUUGAGACGUCGGGCUACUACGACUCGAUGGAGUCCAACACGGUGCACGUCUUUAUGAACUACAUUGGUAUCAAGAGCUUCUGGGGCGAAGGCUGCAAGCCCGCGCCAGAGCGCGUCGCGCGCUCGGAGGCCGAGCAGUUUGAAGAAGUCGAAGAGAACGCGUGCCUCACCGAGCUCUUCAACGAGUACAUGCAGAGCCAGGCCGCGGUCUCCAAGAUUCAACACGAGACGUCCAAGUUCAAAGCCAGCGUCAACCAGGCGCUGCAAGGCGUCAAGAACACUGUACAGGCCAUCGAGCGCCUCCGGCUCACGAUGCUUUGCGAAAGUGCGAACGAUGGCUACGAGACGGAAGACAGCGAACUCGGCAGCGAAGCUAGCUUUGCCGACAGCGUGUGCCUGGCUGGUAUGCACAACUCGCCGUCAACGCUCCAGCCGUACUUUGGCCAUCUCCGCAUCCUCAAGAACUCGGGCUUUCACUUCCUGAGCAGCUGGCACAAGCGCUGGUUCUACCUCGACUUUGCGAAAGGCGAGCUGCUCUUUUUCAAGCGAAGUUACUGGAAGAUCCCGAAAGGCAAGCUUGAGAUGAAGUCGGUGACCAAGAUUGCACCCCUCAACAAGACCGACUUCCAGCUCGAGCUCCUCGGCGGCUUUAGCUGCCUCGUCCGUGCCAGCUCGAUGGAAAAGAUGGAGCUCUGGGUCAACCUCUUGCUCUACGCCCGGCGGCAAGCACGUGCAAACGACUUGGCCACGCAGCGGCCGAUCUCGAGCAGCGCAUUUUCACAUCAAGCGCCGUCGCUCAACCCGAACCAGCGGACCGUUGCUUGGCUAGAGAACCAACCGUACUCGGCGUCGCAUCCCACUCCGCGUUCGGCCGAACCACGUCCCGUAGAAGCUGCCCGGCGUCGAGGACUGCAACAGCAGCAGCGAACAACCUCGUGGGCAGACAACAAAAAGUUCAAGCCAGCGCUCUCGAUGCCGUCGGCCGCGUAG